CAUCAUACGCUGAAGAAAUGUCAUCGGCGGACGAUGAAACUACGUGGGUCUUUGAAUCCCUCGUAGGAUACUUGAAGGGACCAGCAUGGAAUAUCCCGAUCCUAACGUUCAUCGAGCAGAAAUCAGUGGUAUUUGAGCCUGACGUGGAAAGCGAAGAAUACAGGAAAAUCCACAAUGAAUUCAAGAAUCUGGUUGAUUUCAUGCUAGGCAGUCACAUGGAAGACAUGGGUAUCACUCCUGAGCAGUUUGAAAAAGUAUGUGGCAAAGCAAAUAGAAAUGUAGUCGCAAAAUUCCAUCAGGGCCUGUUCGAACAGGUGUGGGCAGCUGACGACUACGAAAUUUUCAAACGCAUGAUGACACAGAAGAACAUUGAACUCCAACUGCAAGCUCUCGAAAUCCUGGCUCAACGUCACGGCAUGCUGUCCGAGAUACUGCAGGCCCCUCACGUGAACCCCGACGAGAUCACGGAAGAUAAGUCGGACACGGAAGAAAACUCCGCCCAGGGCGACGAGGAAACUCUCAUGGCUGUUGUCAUCAAGAAGUCUAUCGAAGAAAUGGCAGCCGAAGAAGAAAAAGACAGCAUGGAAAAGAAAAUGAUGGAAGAAGCGAUUCAAGCGACACUCGCCGAAAAAGAAAGGCUAGAGGAAGAGAACAACAAGGAAAAAGAAUUGCUCGACAAGGCACUGAAGCUUUCACUGGCAGAAAAAGAUAUGACAGAUACGUCAAAUGAAGAAGAGGCUGUCACGGAGCAGUCUAACGAAGAAGCAAGUGCAACAGAUGCAGCGAGUGAAAAUGACGACGACACACGGCGGCGGCGCGAUGUCAGUAGCGCAGACAUGAACAAGCGUCGGGAAUAUUUGCGCUCCCAGCGAGACAAACUGGUAGCCAUGAAAAAAGCAGAGCGAGAAAAACAGCUCGACGGUUACGACCCUCCGGAACGGCCACGGUCUUCACGAGCUGCUCGAGCAGCCCUCAGAGGGGACGUCGUCUCUCCUCCGAACACCGAAACAGACGACAGCGCGCUCGCCUUUCGCAAGUCGCUGGCUGCUCGUCUUAAAGCUGAAGUUGUUGAUUCGUAAUCCUACGAGUGGUCAACAUGCUUUCCGCCAGCGUAGCCCAUAGGAAAGACGGCCGUCUUCACAAAAUGCUCCGCUGUCAUUCGAGCCACACGGAUUUAAGCCUAACACGUCUACAGGCGAAGAAACAUCCGAGGCUUCUCCAAAUUUGCAGCAAGCAGAACUUUACACCAACUCUUUUUGCUUCCAUGUAAAAAUGUUAAUGCCUUUAUCCCAAUAAAACGUUUCAAGUUACUGC